AUGGUGUUGCUACCGCCGUGUACACCCGAUCUUUGCGGGAAAGAUUUCAGAAACUCCUUGAAGAAGCCGAGCCCAAACUAUCCCUAUGGAAAGAAAAAGGUGCGGAUUGUGCCUGCUUUUACUAUUCAGGCAAUGCAGAAGAACACAAAAGUGUUGCCGCCUCCAAAAUGCGGCGUUCUCGAUCCUUUGCCCCCGAGACCGACAAUGUUCAGAAGAUGUUAUCAAAGGGGUGAAUUUCCUCUCUCUAUUGAGUUCACCAGCAGCGGGAAACGACUACAGUGGAAGGUACCAAUAGAAAAUUUGGAUUUUCAUCAUUACUUGCCAAUUUUUUUUGACGGGCUCGCAGAAGGAAACUACCCAUUUAACUUUAUUGUUGAGAAGGGAAUCCAUGAUUUGGUCACAAAAGGGUCAUACAAAAUAUUACCUGUAGUCCCACAAUUAAUAAUACCUAUUAAAAAUGCGCUCGCGACAAAGCGCCCCUCGGUGCUGUGUCAUGCCCUCAAGUGUAUACAGAUGCUUGUGACUGGGAGCGACCGGGUUGGGGAAGCGCUUGUACCUUACUACAGGCAAAUUUUACCAAUCCUUAAUCUGUUUAAGGAUCGAAAUCGAAAUCUGGGGUCAGGUAUCGAUCACACAUCUACCCGAGGAGAGAACGUUGCAGAUUUGAUAGAAGACACUUUGCAAAUACUCGAACGCUAUGGAGGACCGGAUGCAUUUAUCAAUAUAAAAUAUAUGAUACCCACAUAUGAAUCUUGCGUACAGAAUUAG